GUUAUCUUGCCCCGCUUUCCCCCUCCCCCCACGGCCUCCACCGCAUCCGCGACCUCCUUACGCUUCUGGGCCUUGACAGACGCCUUCCCUUCGUAUAGUGCCUGCAUUGCCUCCCUCACCUCCUUUGGCGCCGAGGGACAUUCCUUGACCUCCCGCCGCCCCUGUCCUUCCCACUCCGCGAAAUGCAUAGCGCACCGGCGGUCAGUGGAGAUAUCGCUGGUCAUCCGCCAAACACUAGAAGCAGCCAUCAUGCUCGAGCUUCUUCCACGCACUCAGUUUGGUGUUCUGUUCAUUAGCCCCGUUGCUGACCUCCUCCCAUCUCUUCUCUCCUGCAUGUCACAUGCCAUUAUCCCUUGUCAUGCCACUCCGUUCCAUGUUUCUUGGUACGCACUUCAGAUCGACAUUUUUGUUCAAGUCUUGCAAGCUGAUGGCGGCACACGGUCCGCAUGCAUCAAUGCAGCGACGCUCGCUCUGUGCCAUGCGGGUAUCCCCAUGCGAGAUCUGGCUACCAGCUGCGCCUCUGGUUACCUCAACGCCACUCCGCUGCUAGACCUCAACUACGUGGAGGACAGUGGCGGUGGCCCGGAUGUCACAGUGGGUUACUUGCCAUCGUCUGAUAAGAUCUCGCUGCUGCAGAUGGACGCCAAGCUACAGAUGGAGACAUUCGAGGAGGUGGUCAAGCUCGCUGUCACCGGGUGCAAGGCCAUAGCCCACCGCAUGAGACAGGUGCUUAUGGAGCACACCGAGCGUUUAGCGCUUGCUCGUGGAGCAAUGAAAUUGUAGAUUGUGUUGAGAGGUUGUCCCAUGCUUGUAAUG